AUGCCGAAGCACACAAGCACACCAACUUAUUAUCAAUUGGUCAAGACCCAUAAGUUGGUUCGGAGCGAGCUCGAUGGUACUGUGGACACUACGUCCAUCAAGACAAGGCCAAUAGUUGCAUCCUGUGGCGGACCGACAGACAGAAUCAGCUGGUUCUUACAACGGAUCCUCUGCCCACUGCUUCAACAUGUCUCUUCCCAUCUCAAGAAUGUAAGACAAUUCCUGGAGCAACUGAGGCAGUGUAAUUUCAACAACAAACCACGACUGGUAUACCAAAGUUUUGAUGUUGUAGCUCUAUACACGAACGUUGAUACGCAAAGAGCUGUGGAGUCUUGCAUUCGUCUUUUACGCCUACAUCAUCAAGAACUUCAGCUUUUUGACCUCAAUAUCAACGACAUGGAAGAGCUUCUACGGACAGUGGUGGAAGUGAAUAUAUUCCGUUUCCGGAAUCGAUUUUAUAAGCAGAAACGAGGACUCGCUAUGGGAAGCAGACUGGCUCCGUUGCUCGCGAUUGUGUUCAUGGAUAGCCUUGAACGACAAGCUCUGUCAUCAGGAAUAUUAUAUUUUGGACGAUACAUCGAUGACAUCUUUAUCGUCGGCAAAACAAGAGCUGCUUUGCGAGAG